ACCUUGGGCAUCUACGAGUGGUCUCGUCUGGCGUUGGCGGGUGGUGGCGGGUUUAUGGGCGGUGGGGAUCCUGAUGGCGAUGGAAUCGAAGCAAGGAGGCCUUCGUGGCAUGUUCAAUCCAUAUUCCUCAGCAGAUCCUUCGAUUAAUGUACCUGUGUCUUCGUCUCCCGGGCUUGCACAAAUAUCGCCGUACCUCAACUUUGAUCCAUCAUACCUCGGUGCCACACAGCCAGAGUUCAUCUUCCCUGAAGGAGCCUCAAAGCAGCGGGGCCGGUUUGAAGUGGCCUUCUCUCAGAUAGGAGGUGGCUGCCUGGGCGGCGGCCUGUACGGCGGCGCCAUCGGUCUGUUCAGCGGCAUACGGGACACGCAGCUGGCCGGCCACACGGGCGCCGUGCGCCGCACACAAAUGAUCAACUACGUGAUGAAGCGGGGCGCGGCGUCCGCGAACACUGUCGGCGUGAUGGCCGUCAUGUACUUCUCCUUCGGCGUGCUGCUGUCAUGGGCGCGGGGCACCGACGACGAGCUGAACACGCUGACGGCCGGCACAGCCACCGGCCUGCUCUAUAAGUCGUCAGCUGGCGCGCGCCGCUGUCUGAUGGGCGGCGGGGUGGGCCUGGGACUGGCAGCCGCCUACUGUCUGGCCACCUCGCGAGAUCGGCUUCAAAGCCUGCGCACCUACAGCUAGUCCGUCCGCCCCGACCGUCAUCCAGUCAUGGUGUGUACCGCCGUGGCCGGCGUUCCCAUGGAGCGGCCGGCCCAGAACCGUACCGCCAUUGGCUGCCGACUGUGACAAAGCGCUGCAGUGGGUUGUGCGGCCCAGGCUGGACGGCUGUCGUUUGUGUUGGUCAAAGUUGGACGCUGUCAUUGGGUGUCCGAUUCGAUGUUUGGUGGCCUCUGGCCGUACGUUGCCUGCUUGGAUGUUGCCAUUGACUGCCGGCUUCGGACGGCCGUGGCUGGCUGGAAGGCUCAGGGUCGAGUGUGGGCUGUAUGUGUCAAGACCGGAGCCCCCGCUUGUGGCCGACUCGCUGCGCUGUGAUAUGAGACGCCCGGUAAACGGCGCAGCCGGCGGCAAGACUGCUUCGCCAUAGGGUCGGCCGCUGGCUCCGCCCAGCGUAAACCAAGAACGAAUAAAAAUAGCAAAACGGA